UUUGUCUUCCACUUCUCUCUGCCUUUCGCUUUGUAACCAAAAUUCAACAGAAAUGUCUAAACAAACAUACAGAAUCUGUUGUUUCCAAAGGAAAUUCAAGUUGAAAGAAGCUGAAGCACCUGAUGAGAUCAAAGACUUGUUUGAAAGAUUUUCAGAAAAUGGCAUCAUGACAGCAGAACAUUUAUGCAAAUUCUUGAAAGAUGUGCAAGGUGAAGAAAAUGUUACAAAAGAAGAAGCUGAAACUGUGAUGGAAUCUGCACUCAAACUUGUUCAUGAACAUCUUAAUAUUGUUUUCCAUAGAAAAGGUCUCAAUCUUGAAGGAUUUUUUCGAUAUCUCUUCAGUGAUCUUAAUGUUUCUAUCUCCACAGACAAAAAGGUUCACCAUGACAUGACUGCUCCAUUGUCUCACUAUUUCAUUUACACCAGUCACAAUACCUAUCUCACUGGGAAUCAACUCAAUAGUGAUUGCAGCGACGUGCCUAUAAUCAAGGCACUCCAACAAGGCGUACGAGUGAUUGAAUUAGACAUGUGGCCAAAUUCAUCGAAAGACAAUGUGGAUAUCCUUCACGGAGGGACACUAACACCUCCGGUGGAACUUAUCCAAUGUUUGAAAUCAAUCAAGGAACAUGCAUUUGUGGCAUCUGAAUAUCCUGUAAUUAUAACUCUAGAAGACCACCUCACCCCUGAUCUUCAGGCUAAAGCAGCUGAGAUGGUCACUCAAGUAUUUGGAGAUAUACUGUUCACCUGUGGGGCAGAAUGCUUGUCAGAAUUCCCGUCUCCAGAAUCUUUGAAGGGGCGGAUUAUCAUCUCAACUAAACCGCCAAAAGAAUAUCUUGAAAGUAAGAAACCAAGUGAGAAAGAUGAUGGUUCUCAGAAGGGGAAGAAAUCAUCAGAGGAGAAAGCAUGGGGAGCAGAAAUUUCUGAUCUUUCACAAAAAAUGAUAGCUUAUUCUGAGAAUAAAGACAAUGGAGAAUGUCAAGACGAUGAAGCUGAUUCUCAUCAUGAGAACCCCAAUAUACAGCAGAAUAUAGCUCCUGAGUAUAAACACUUGAUUGCUAUCCAAGCAGGAAAAUCAAAAGGUCCAACAAGUGAGUGGCUAACCGUGGAUCCUAUUAAGGUGAAACGUAUUAGCUUAAAUGAAGAAAAGCUCAUAAAUGUUGCCCUCAAUCAUGGGAAAGAUUUAAUCAGGUUUACUCAGAGAAAUUUGCUGAGAGUAUAUCCAAAAGGUAUGCGAGUCGACUCUUCCAAUUACAAUCCACUAAUGGGAUGGAUGCAUGGAGCUCAGAUGGUUGCAUUCAACAUGCAGGGACAUGGAAGGCCUUUCUGGUUAAUGCAAGGGAUGUUCAGAGCAAAUGGUGGCUGUGGUUAUGUCAAGAAACCAGAGCUUCUCUUGAAGACUGAUGCAAAUAAUGAGGUCCAUGAUCCUAAAAGGCUUUUAUCAGUGAAAACUACACUGAAGGUGAAAGUAUACAUGGGAAAAGGCUGGCAUUUGGACUUCAAACGUACACAUUUUGAUGCAUAUUCUCCACCAGACUUCUACGUCAAGAUUGGUAUUGCUGGAGUCGCUGCAGAUUCAACAGUUAAGAAAACCAAGGCAAUAGAGGACAACUGGAUACCGAUAUGGAAUGAUGAAUUUGAGUUCCCAUUGACAGUUCCAGAGCUAGCAUUGCUUCGCGUAGAAGUUCACGAAUAUGAUAUGUCAGAGAUCGAUGAUUUUGGUGGACAAACUUGCAUUCCUGUUUCAGAACUUAGAACAGGAAUUCGAGCUGUGCCUAUUUACAAUGAAAAAGGAGAGAAAUAUCCUUCUGUUAAGCUACUUAUGCGCUUUGAAUUUGUAAUAUAAUGUUACAUGUAUAGACUAGAAAACUGAACCUUCCAUCGUAAACUCAGAAUAUGUACUGGAAUUUAAAUUACUUAUCAACACAGACUAUAUCCUAAAGUUGUUCUUAAAGUGGCACAGUUUCAACUGCUUUGUCCG